GAGCAUUUCAAGCUUCAUAGCUCAGCUAGGAAGAGCCCGGGGCUCCGAGGGAGAUGAGGCCACCUUCUACAGCUCCCUAACUCAGAUGCCCACAGCUUGAGAAAGUGACUGGAGCUCACCCCUAAAAUGGGGGACAUAAGAUCCUGGCCUUGUCAAGUGUGUGCCAGGAAUAACUGAGAUCAAUCAGUGGCAGCAGAUGAACUAGCCUGGCACAUACUAAACACUCAAUUAAGCAAAUCAUGAUUACUGCUGUUCCUUUGCCAGAGAAUUCCAGUUUCUGCUGAAAUCCCUCUCUAGGGGGAAUCCUCAUGCCCUAAAUGACCCCUCCUUCCCGGGCCCGUGACUCGGGAGGAUGCCCUUGCUGUUAGCCCCAGUCUCCAGACACCACCACCCCCUCCAACCGAGUCAGGAAUAGAAACCACCGCCUCCGGCCGCCAGCGGCCUCACUCCUUCCCCCCGCAGCAGCGAUCGAUGCGGCCUUCAGCCGCGGGGGACAGGCAAGGAAGAAGGAAGGAGGGGGCAGCGGGGCCUCCUGCAGCAGGAGGCUCGGCGGGGCAGAGGCGAGACAGAGUAUAGCCAGCGGCUCCCUGCCUCGGUACCUUUGGGACAGACGCGCGGCACCUGGCAGGUGCCACGACAGCUGAUGCUGAUGCUGCUAGUCCGGGGAACACGCUAUGAGAACCACCGGUCUAAAGUGACGCUCCCCACACCCCUAGGAGGGAGGAGCAAUGAAGCCACGGUGUGCGAGUCCCCGGGCCCCGACACCGGGAUCCGCUGGCGGCGGAGCGACGAGGCGCUGCGCGUGAACGUGGGCGGCGUGCGGCGGCUGCUGAGCGCGCGCGCCCUGGCGCGCUUCCCGGGAACCCGGCUGGGCCGCCUGCAGGCUGCGGCGUCGGAGGAGCAGGCGCGGCGCCUGUGCGACGACUACGACGCCGCUGCGUGCGAGUUCUACUUCGACCGGCAUCCGGGCUUCUUCCUGGGCCUGCUGCACUUCUACCGCACCGGCCACCUGCACGUGCUCGACGAGCUGUGCGUCUUCGCCUUCGGUCAGGAGGCCGACUACUGGGGCCUGGGCGAGAACGCGCUAGCCGCGUGCUGCCGCGCGCGCUACCUGGAGAGGCGGGUGACCCGGCCCCGCGCCUGGGACGAGGAUAGCGACACGCCUAGCAGCGUGGACCCGUGCCCAGACGAGAUCUCCGACGUACAGCGAGAGCUGGCGCGCUAUGGCGCGGCGCGCUGUGGUCGCCUGCGCCGCCGCCUCUGGCUGACCAUGGAGAACCCGGGCUACUCGCUGCCCAGCAAGCUCUUCAGCUGCGUCUCAAUCAGCGUGGUGCUCGCCUCCAUCGCCGCCAUGUGCAUCCACAGCCUGCCCGAGUACCAGGCCCGCGAGGCGGCGGCCGCUGUGGCCGCGGUGGCCGCAGGCCGCAGCGCAGAAGGCGUGCGCGACGACCCAGUGCUGCGACGCCUCGAGUACUUCUGCAUCGCCUGGUUCAGCUUCGAGGUGUCGUCACGCCUCCUGCUGGCGCCCAGCACGCGCAACUUCUUCUGCCACCCGCUCAACCUCAUCGACAUUGUGUCUGUGCUGCCCUUCUAUCUCACGCUGCUGGCUGGUGCGGCACUGGGAGACGACGGUGGCACGGGCGGCAAGGAAUUCGGCCAUCUGGGCAAGGUGGUGCAGGUGUUCCGCCUCAUGCGCAUCUUCCGCGUUCUCAAGUUGGCGCGCCACUCCACCGGGCUGCGCUCACUGGGCGCCACGCUCAAGCACAGCUACCGUGAGGUGGGCAUCUUGCUGCUGUACCUGGCCGUGGGUGUGUCAGUGUUCUCUGGUGUGGCCUACACAGCUGAAAAGGAGGAGCACGUGGGCUUUGACACCAUCCCGGCCUGCUGGUGGUGGGGCACAGUGAGCAUGACCACCGUGGGCUAUGGGGAUGUGGUGCCAGUGACAGUGGCUGGCAAGCUGGCAGCCUCAGGCUGUAUCCUAGGGGGCAUCCUGGUGGUUGCGCUCCCCAUCACCAUCAUCUUCAACAAGUUCUCCCACUUCUACCGGCGCCAGAAGGCUCUGGAGGCAGCCGUGCGCAACAGCAACCACCAGGAGUUUGAGGACUUGCUGAGCAGCGUUGAUGGGGUGUCGGAGGCGUCACUGGAGACAUCCCGAGAGACUUCUCAGGAGGGACGGUCUGCAGAUCUAGAGACCCAGGCCCCCAGUGAGCCUCCACACUCUCAGAUGUAUUAAAACCAGGGAUCUAUGACCCCCUGCCAUGCCCCUACAGAGACUCCUCCCCAGCUAAAGUUCUUAAAUAAUAGUGAGCCUCUCACGCUGUCCUGAGAAAUGAGAUUCAAAAGCUGCAUUCCUUCCUCCAAAGGCCCAGGGCGGGACAAUGCUACCCUAGAUUCUGUGAGAUUCUGCAAGCAACUCAGAAAGCUUUGUAAGCCUGCCUCCAAGCCAUCCAUGAAGCAGGCAUGAGCCAGGGGGAGGAAUUUGGAAGGAUGCUAAUUAUUCCUGAGCACCUCCUACAUAUGAACCAGGUCAUGUUUGUCCCUGUGUUGGAGAAAGAAAAUUAUCCCCACUUCACAGAUGAGGAAACUGAGGCUAAGAGAUGAACAGUGACUUUCCCAGAUGUCACACCAUUAGAAGUGGCAGGGUCAGGCUUGGGAUGUAGGCUUGUUGGUGGGCCCAGAGCAGUGCUCCAUCAACUCCAUCGUUCUUCUGCCUUCACGAUGUUUAUAUGUGGUUUUUGGGGACUUGUGAAUGCCCAGAGUUGAUCCACAAGGUAAGAAAUCCCAUUCAGAGCCAGGGAAAGGUCCAUACAGGGUAUUUGGAUAUAGGACCUCUGGAUCUCAGCUGUGGCUCUUUUCUAGGAGCUUCCAACAGGAGUUAGCUCUCAAAGAUGAGUCCUGGAAGGAAGGAGGAUGAGUCUUGAAAAGAAGUACAAUAGUAUUGUACUUGCCUCUUUAGCUGGUGUGCAAGAUUUGCUAAGCAAUAAUCUUCCAACCUUCCUCCCAGGGCUGAUAUGAGAGAAGGACAAUCUGAAGGAGCCCUGGCCUGAGAUCUAGACCUGGCUGUGCCAGGACCUGCUAUGUAAAGUGGUCCAAUCCCUGCCCCAAGUCCAGAUUCUAACACUUCUGUCAAAUGGUCACAAUCUGUGACCCAGAGGGGAAUGAAAGCCAAGUGGAGUAGAGGGGUCUCUAACUGAAAGCCAGCUCAGCUCUGAAAUGUUGGUGGCAGAGGCCUGCCAUGUAUGAACACUGGCUUCCCAGAUCCCCCCAGUCUGACCUUGGCAGUUCCUUUCUGCCCAUCACACAGACGUCCAGCCCUACCUUGUCCAGCCCUACCUAAGAGUACCCAUCCAGGCCCAUAUGCAAGAGUCACAUCCCUUCUGGCCAGCUCCAGCCCCCCAUCCUUCCUGGGAGAUGUCUCUGAUACUCACCAGCUGAAUCUUCUCUGCAUUUGCUGAGAAAGUCAGAGGAGGAGUCCAGUAGCCCUUUCCACAUACUGUGGCUACAGCACCCAGCACUGUGCUAUUGUUGUCUGACCGUGGCUGUCUCUGUGCCAUCACCUGAGCCUCAAGAUGGAAGACAUUGUCUGGUUAAACUCGGCUUGGUGCAGAGUAGGUGUUUAGUAAGUGUUGAAUAGAUCAACCAAUUCCUAGAGCCCACUGGGUUCCAAGCACAGAAGGGAAAGAGGAGAUAGCCAUAGAGACCUGGCCCUCAAAAAGGUGUGAACAAGACUGAAAAGAAGGUACGUUCAGCUCUGUCUGCCCUGUCCCUGCUUGGUUCUUGAAGUUUUUACAAUGUCUUCCUUGUAGAUUCUUCACUCACUCACUGAACAAAUACCCAUUGGAAGAGUCUUAAACUGGGGCUUCGUGUGUGGCCUGCAGUCAUGUUUUGGCUUAGCCUGACAGUAUUUUUAUUGUAUUUUAAGAAUUUGAAUGCCUUUGCAUGAGGCAUGCACUCUCAGGUUCCCCAUAGUGUCCCGCUGCCACCCACAAACAGACACACAUGCUGCUGUGUUAUGCCCAGCCGCUCUGAUUUACUGGCCUCUGACUUAUGGACUGCUUACUAGUCUCAAGAAAUACAGUGGUGGAAAAAUAUAUCCCCAUACUCAUGAAGCUUACUGACUAGUAGGGAAGAUAGACUCUAAUGCAAUAAUCACAUAGACACAUCACAGUGAGCUUCACUAAGUAUAGGUGUAUAUAUGUAUCAGGGACCACUGCCCAAGACAGUGAGAAGGCUUUCCUCAGCAAGUGACAAUCUAACCUCCAUCCAAAUGAUAAAUCACUAAUUACGCAAAUGAGGUUCCAGGGGAGAGUACUCCAAGCAGAGAGAAUGGCAUGUGUAAAGGUGUGUGUCAUAUACAGAGCCCAGUACAUAGUGGGUCGCCUACAUAUGCCUGGAUUCUGAGUCUCCAGAUUGGAACAGAGCAUGGAGCUAAGCAGGAAAGGACCUCUCAUGAAUUCACCGCACGCACGCCAGCCCUUUUGCACACUCAGCUCCUUACAUCUAGGCCCAGCUGAACCCAGGUUAGGGGCAGAUCAGAAGGGCUGCAUGUACCACCAUACUUAUGGUCUUGUUGAACACACCAAGAAGCCAGAUGGCUUCCAGAUUUUCUGACCCUACAAACAGGUCCCUAAUACUGGUAUAGGGAAAGCUUGAGAGAAUCAUUUGGCCUGAGCUCACCAUGAGGCUAUAUGUAGUCCUGGUAGAAAAGCAACAACUUGCUCCCCUUCCUGUGUAUCAAUGAAAACCAUUAUGCAAAUAAAGAGCUGGGCCCCAGGA